AUGUCAUUCCCUCAACCCUACGCCGGCUAUCCAGACGCCAAGUACCACAAGCUCACGCUCGCUGCGGACGGAGUCCUUCUCCUCUCCUUCAACCGACCACCUGUCAACGCAUGGAUCGAUCCCAAGUGGCAGGAGCUUACCCGCAUUCUUCGUACAGCUCGUGACGAUGGCGAUGUCUGCGCCAUCGUGGUUGCUGGUGAGGGACGGUGCUUCACCGCGGGUCUCGAUCUGAACGAGCAAUCCCUCGCCAAGAUCGUGGCCGACCAGCCGGAUGCCGCACGCAAAGCCCUCGUCAUGCGCUCCCACAUUCGUGAUUUCCAAGAGGCAAUUUCGUGGUUCGAGUACGUCGAAAAGCCGGUGAUCGCUGCUGCACACGGUGUGGCGUACGGGUUGGCAAUCGAUAUUAUGAGCGCAUGCGACAUCAGGUAUGCCACCAAGACGACCAAGUUCAGCAUCAAGGAGGUCGAUGCAGGACUGGCGGCAGACAUAGGCACUCUCCAAAGGUUCCCAAAAAUAGUCGGAAACGAUUCGCUAGCCCGUGAGUUAUGCUUCAGUGCUAGGGAAUUUGAUUCUGCUGAAGCUAGGGAGAUUGGGUUCCUGAGUAAGGUCGUUGAUGGUGGAAGGGAGGAAGUUGUUGACGCUGCCGUCAAGACAGCCUCUAUUAUCGCCUCCAAGGCACCCGUCGCCGUUCGAGGUACCAAGAUCUUCCUCCUGCACAGCCGAGACCACACCGUCGAAGAAGGGCUUCGAUACACAACGGCGCUCAACUCGGCCCUGCUGCAGUCGGACGACAUGCCCGUGGCCAUGCUCGCGGUUAUGCAGAAAAAGACGCCCAAGUUUGCCAAGCUCUGA